AUGCAUUUAAAGGUUUCAACAGUAGAUGGAUUUGAUAGCUUCCUAACAAUAAUAUAUGCAUCCAAUGACAGAAGUGAAAGGAAAGAUUUAUGGAAGGUUAUAAGUGAAUUAGCUACGGUUGAAAACUGGUUUCUCAUGGGUGAUUUCAAUGACAUUCUUGCUAAAGAAGAACGAAUAGGACACAGAGUUAAGUCUUAUCCUGAUUCGGAAUUCUUGCAAUGUGUUACAAGGUGUAAUUUGGAAGAUGUUAAAGCUAGUGGCAACUUUUUCACUUGGACUAAUAAACAGCCUGGGAAUGAUAUAAUCUACUCUAAAAUUGACAGAAUUCUUGCUAAUCAGACUUGGAUCAAUAAGUUUGAGUUUGCUGAAGCGGUGUUCCUCAAUGAGGGUCUAUUUGACCAUUCUCCGGGUAUCCUCACCCUACAUCCUGGUGUGGUAAGUGGGAAAAAGCCUUUCAAGUAUUUUCGAAUGUGGAAGUCUCAUCCAUUGUAUGAGAAUUACUUGAAGGAGGUGUGGAAUGCAAGGAUUCAUGGGUCCAAAAUGUAUCAGGUGGUGUCCAAGAUGAAAAGGUUCAAGGCCAAGCUCAAAGAGAUAAAUAGAGAGGGUUUUUUGGAUUUGCAAAGUUCGGUUAGGAAGGCCAAAGAUGAACUUCAGGCAGUCCAAGAUCAGUUACAGCAACAACCAUUGGCUAUUGAGUUACAUCAUAAAGAAAAAUUAGCUAGAGAAUUGCUCAUCAAAGUUCAGAAGGAUUACUCUUCCUUUUUGCAACAAAAAACUAAACUAGCCUGGCUAGAGAAUGGAGAUACCAAUUCUGCUUUAUUUCAUGCUUGUAUAAAGCAGAGAAUAAGGCAGAAUCGUAUCCUUUCCAUUGAAACAAAUGAGGGGGAAAGGGUGCAUGAUCCUACCAGAAUUACAGAUUCUUUUUUGACCUUUUAUGGAGAGUUACUUGGUUCUAAAAUGGAAAAUAGAAGGAAGGUUGAUAAAAGAAUUGUGGCAAAGGGUCCGGUAGUGUCGAAUGAGCAAGCACAAAUGUUACUACAAAGUUUUUCCAAAGAGGAGGUGAAGAAAGCUGCAUUUAGUAUUCCUGGAAACAAGUCCCCGGGCCUGAUGGAUUCUCAAGCAGUUUCUUUCAUGACAACUGGGAGAGUAUUGGUGAUGAAAUUUGUGAUGCUGUGGUGGAUUUUCUGGAUUCAGGCCUAUGAUACCAUUGAGUGGGAAUUUUUAGAAGAAAUGUUGGAGGGUUUGCAUUUUCCCGUGAAGUUCAUUCAACUUGUCAUGAAUUGCAUUUCAACUCCUAAGUUCUCUCUUAUGUUCAAUGGAUCCUUACAUGGAUUUUUUGAAGCUAAGAGAGGGCUUAGGCAAGGAGACCCCAUGUCACCAUUGUUGUUUGUCUUGGGAAUGGAAUACCUUUCUCGGCUUAUGAAGAAGAUAGGUGAGAAGAAGGAUUUCAGAUUUCAUGAGCGUUACUUGGGGCUCAAAUUGAAUCACCUGGCAUUUGCAGAUGAUGUAUUGCUCUUCUGCUAUGGAGACAACAACAGUGUUUCCUACUUAUUAAAGGCACUCAAGUUGUUUUCACUUACCUCGGGAUUGAAUCCUAAUGCAAAUAAAACGGCUGUGUACUGUUGUAAUAUGCAGGAGGAGUGUGUGAGAAAGCUUACUCAACUCUCAGGUUUCUCGAGACAUGAUUUUCCUUUCACUUACUUGGGGAUUCCUAUUUGUGCGAAGAAAAUUUCUGGUAAGGAAUGUGAGCUGCUAGCAGAGAUUGACAGCUAG